AUUUUUCUAGUGAACAGCCAUGGGGUUUCAUACACUGAACACGCUCCUAAAUACAUCUCCCUCUGUUCCAUUAGGGGAACUGAGCUGGGCCUGCGGGCCCAUGGAGAAUCAGACUGUUGGGGUGAUGGAGUUUCUUUUGCUGGGAUUUCCGCUCAGCAGGCAGGUGGAGCUGCUGUUCUUGGUGUUGCUACUGCCCACAUUCCUGCUGACGCUCCUGGGGAACCUGCUGAUCAUCUCUGUUGUGCUGUCCUACUCCUGCCUCCACACCCCCAUGUACUUCUUCCUGUGCAACCUCAUCCUGGACAUCCUCUGCACCUCCGUCAUUUCUCCAAAAGCAUUGGCCGACUCAGUAUCUGGGGAUAAAACCAUCUCCUUUGCUGGCUGUAUCAGCCAGUGCUAUUUCUACUUCUUCCAGGGCACAGUAGAGUUUCUCCUGCUGACAGUCAUGUCCUACGACCGCUAUGUCACCAUCUGCUACCCCCUGCAGUGUAGCACCGUCAUGAGGCCUCCUGUCUGCAUUGCGACCAUUGUGUUCUCUUGGGUGGGAGGCUUCCUACCUGUGCUCUUUCCAACCAUCCUCAUCUCCUAGCUGUCCUUCUGUGACUCCAGCAUCUUUGACCACUUCUUCUGUGACGUUGGGCCCUUGUUGGCCCUGGCCUGUGUCACCACUGCCAUUGAGCUGAUGGAUUUUAUGCUUUCGUCCAUAGUCAUCCUCUGCUGCAUAGUCCUCGUGGCAUAUUCCUAUACGUACAUCGUCCUGACAGUAGCGUGCAUCCUUUCUGCAAGUGGGAGGAAGAAGGCCUUCAACACCUGUGCUUCCCACCUGACCAUAGGUGAGGUUGUGAUUUCUGGUAGCAUCAUGGUUAUCUACGUGACUCCCUCCCAGGAAGAAUAUCUGGAGAUCAACAAGGUCCCUUCCGUCCUGAGCAGUGUUGUGGCUCCAUUCCUCAACCCCUUCAUAUAUACUCUGAGAAAUGACACAGUGUUGGGGUUCCUCAGGGAUGUGUGGGUCAGGGUGCGAACAGUUUUGGAAAAGAGGAUGAGGACAAUGCCAAGGAGUGGAUUGUCCUCCAACAGUGACCACAGAGAAGGGUCUAGUUCCUCUUUCCCUUCACUACCGGGUAUCCAUUGUUCAGAUCCCCAGUAUUAAAAGAGAGGAUUGCCUUAGCAAAAGGGUGAGCUAGCUGAGGGAUCCUGAAUGGUCUAUAGCAGAAAAAAGUUGAGUUUGGAGACAGGGACUUAGACUCUGGCCUUGGUUCUAACUCAAACUCUGUGACCACAACUGUGUCACCUUGUCACCUGCCACUCUGGCCCUCAGUGCUCUCAUCUGAAGUAUGACAGCAUUGGACUUGAUGAUCUCUAAGUUCUGUCCACACUGAAUACUCCAAGAAUUGCAGAAGGGCCGUACAGCCUGUGUCCUGUUUGAAGUCCCAUCACAUUUGACCCCAUUUCCUCGUGGAUCCUGAAUACAACUCUUCUAUCAGCUUGGCACAAAGUCAUUCCUGGUCCCCUCUGCAUAGACCCCCUUUCCUUCCAUCUUCACUAGGAAUCUUUCCAGGAAUAAGCUUCAUUAUUCUCCAAUCCACUGUCAUAUCCUGUAAUCCACUGUUUUCCCUCAGUGGACAUUUGUAAUGAAUGAUUGGUGGAUAUACAUAGUCCGUGUUAUUUAAUAACACUGCUUUCUGUACUAGAACUUGUCAUAACAUUCAACAUGAUCCCAUUCUUAUGUAAGACAUGCCCU